UCGAGGAAAGCUCGCCGACACUGCGACUCUGUCUGUCAGAAGAAGAGAAGCACCGUGGCCGUAAUAGAAAUUUGGGCCAUCAAUUAUUUGUGUGGUUGGAGACAGAGGAGGAUAUCGUGCCGACAUGGUGGUGGUAACAUCAACGAGCGGAGGCGCCCACAAACUGCUUCUCAUCUCCGGGAAGCAGAGGGGCGGCACGUCGACGGCGAGUUUCGGCCGACCCAUCUCGGUCGUCCUGCCGUCCUCCUCGAGCCAGGCGUCGUCGGACUCCGAGUCAAGCAGCUCGGCGGUGCCGCCGGUGCGCAAAAGACAGCGGCUCACACACUUGAGUCCCGAGGAGAAGGCACUGAGAAGGAAACUGAAAAACAGAGUUGCGGCUCAGACUGCCAGGGACAGGAAAAAAGCCAAAAUGGGCGAACUGGAGCAGCAGGUCCUGGAGUUGGAGCUUGAGAACAAAAAGCUUCACAUUGAAAACCGGCUCCUCCGGGAAAAAAACAACGGCCUGCUUACUGAAAAUGAUGGGCUGAAGCACAGACUUAAUUUGGACGCCUUUGACUCAAAGGAGAAGGUGCGACUCUUGAGUGCAAGCAAGGUUGACAAUUUGGAACAUAACACAAAUCAGUGUGCCUCUGCAGCAGGUGCAGACCCAGCAGUUCCUAAACCUGAAAACAUCCCAAUGGAUACAGAUGGUCCUGAUGCUGCAGACGAUGAGUCUGAUCUGUUCCUGGGCAUUCUGGACAUCUUUGACCCGGAGCAUUUCAUUCAGUCCUGCGAGCAGCCGUCAUUGCUCCUGGUCAGCGGAGGCGAUCCACUACCCACCGCCGCACUUGCGCCUAUGGGGACCCCAUCAAUCAAGCUGGAGACCCUUAAUGGACUGAUACAAUUGGAUCACAUUUACACCAAGCCAGCAGAGGUGGCCACGGAAGAUGUCAAGGAAAGCGACAACAACCUGACUGCUUCCUUUUCCGUCGCCGAGGUGGUGGUGUCGGAGGACGACGUCUGCAUCAAAGACGAGCCGGGGGAAGCGGUCAUCCCUACACAAAUGGAUGACUUCCUCUGCGAUGCUGAUGCUGCAGCCGCCGCCUCCUCACCCGCCUUCGGCGGCCUGGAUAAGGAAGCCUGCCUGGCGGACGCCUACAGCGACUCUGGAUACGAGUGCUCCCUCUCCCCUUUGAGCAACAUGUCGUCGUCCCCGCUGUGCUCCGGCAGCCCCUGGGACGACAUAUUUGCCACUGAACUCUUCCCCCAGCUCAUUAGCGUGUGAACGCACUCACAAUUGGCCAUAACAAACGUAUAUCGCUGGUGCCGAGCUUAAACCUCCUGUUAUGGAGGUUGCAAACAUUCCGCCCGACGCCAGCGAUAUAUUAGUGCUAACGUCACCUGUUGGUGUUUCUGGCCAAGCACACUAUAUCUCCCUUUCACUUUACAGCAGGUCUGUAGCGCUCACCAUGCCGCAAUGGCUCAUGGGAGAUGGAGUUCGCUUUUAGAUUGCUAUCCAGUAUUGUAAAUGGGAAUGGAUUGGGGGAAGGGGGGGGUCAUUUAAAUAUGAAAUACUAUUUAUUAGUGUAUUCUGCUUUCGGGUCGCUGUAUACAAACAAGCUUCAAAAUGUUGCCAACUUUCCUUGUAAGUCUUCAUUAAAAAAUAACUUCUGUGUUGCA